AUGAAAUCCGAUAUUUGUAUCCGAUGGGAUUCUGAAACGAUGGAAUCAAAAGAAUAUAAAAGAAAGCCAGCAAGACAAUAUCGUAAACUCGAUUUAAUAUGUGUUGUCUGCGAUGGUAUUGCUCAUGGUUAUAAUUUUGAUGCCAUUUCAUGCGAAUCUUGUAAAGCAUUUUUUCGUCGUAAUGCCCUUCAACCAUCAGGAAAAUUAAAAUGUCGUAAUAAUAAUAAAUGUAAUGUAAAAUUUGAUCAAAGAAAACGAUGUAAAAAAUGUCGAUUGACAAAAUGCUUUUCUGCAGGAAUGCGUAAAGAAUGGAUUUUAACACCGGAAGAAAGACAAGCAAAACGAAUAAAAAUUGAAGAAAAUCGUCGUUCAAAACAAAAUCUAGUUCCACAACAGUUUCCAAAAACUGAACCUACAGAUAAUUAUAAUUUAUUAUUAACACUUUCUAAUCGGGUAUAUUUAACUCAAAAUGAUUUAUUAAAAGUUCAAUUACUUCAAAAUGCUUAUACUAAAGCUGUUAAAUUAAAUCAAACAACUGGUAUAUUACAAUAUCCUUUAAUUCAACCAAUUGAAUCAACUUAUGAUUUAUUUCGUAUGCCAAUAUUUAUUUCAUCAAUGCGUUUAAUAACAUUUUUUAAACAAAUACCAGAAUUUCAAAAAUUAGAUAAAGAUGAACAAGUUUAUCUUGUUAAAUUAAAUACAUUAUCAAUAGCUUUCUUACAUUCAAUAUUUAUUUAUGAUACGAAAAAUGCAACAUAUCAUGAACAAGAUACAAAUGAUCCAUUAUUUCUUGAAAAAGAUUGGAUAAAUACAAUAAAUAAAGAAUUUCAUGAUAUUAUAAAACAAAUUCGAUGUAAACUAUGCGAAACUAUACAAAUCGAUGAUGAAAUAAUAAAAAUAUUCUUUUUAAUUACGCUUUUUUCCAGUCAUUUUACUUUAAAAUCUUCAUCAUCACAUAUAUGUACAUUAAAUAUAUUUAAAGCUCAAAAUAUUUACAGUGAAUUAUUUUGGAAAUAUUCUUUACAUUAUUAUGGUUUUGAAAACUCAUCAAAAUUAUUUUUACAGUUUACUACCGGUAUAGUAAAAUUACAAAAAUUAAUUGAUGAGCUUAAAUCAACAGUAUCGAAUUAUACAGAUAUAACAAAAUUAUCACCAUUAAUGCAAAGUCUUUUAUAA